UAACAAAAAAGCAAAGCCAGCCUUCUGUAAAGCUUUACAAGUCAAACAAAUAAAGCCUCCAGAUGGAGAAUCCAGGCUUCCAGACGUCCAAAGAUGACCCUCCACAGUAUGAAGAGACGUCUUUCUGCACGAACGGUUUCGGGAACGGGGAACGCAGAGCCAUACGCUCGUCUGUGGUCAGUGCUUUUGGCCACGACACUUUGGACCGCGUGCCAAACCCUGAUUUUUACCGGAACGCAGCGAGCAUCAGCGGACACAGAGCCGUCAGACCGUCCCUACACGAGCUGCAUGACGUCUUCCAGAAAAAUGGAGGCCUUAACCUUCCCAGUCCGGUGGAGGACAGUGAGGGAGUGGACAGCUCCACGCUGGGCGAUGUGGAGUCCGUCACCCCAUUGGAGGAGAAGGACACUGGGGGUGUGGUCAAAUUUGGCUGGAUCAAAGGAGUUCUGGUGCGCUGCAUGCUGAAUAUCUGGGGUGUGAUGCUCUUCAUUCGGCUCUCCUGGGUGUUCGGACAAGCAGGAAUCGGUUUGGGGAUAGUGGUGGUGUUGUUGAGUAUGGUUGUAACCAGCGUCACCUGUCUGUCCAUGUCAGCGAUCUGCACUAACGGAGUGGUGAGAGGAGGAGGAGCGUAUUACCUCAUCUCCCGCAGUCUGGGUCCGGAGUUCGGCGGCUCCAUUGGUCUGAUCUUCGCCUUCGCCAAUGCUGUGGCCGUGGCCAUGUAUGUUGUGGGAUUCGCUGAAACUGUGGUGGAGCUUCUCAAGGACAGUAACGCCCUCAUCGUGGAUCCCACAAAUGAUAUCCGGAUCAUCGGCUGCAUCACGGUGGUGCUGCUGAUGGGCAUCACUGUGGCUGGGAUGGAGUGGGAGGCAAAGGCUCAGGUGGCUCUGCUGGUCAUCCUGCUGGUGGCCAUUGCUAAUGUGUUUGUGGGAACAGUGAUUCCCUCCACACAAGACAAACGCUCCAAAGGCUUCUUCAACUAUCACGAAUCCAUUGCAAAGGAGAACUUCAUACCGGACUUCCGGGACGGAGAGACCUUCUUCUCUGUUUUCGCCAUCUUCUUCCCUGCGGCCACUGGGAUCCUGGCUGGAGCCAACAUCUCUGGAGAUCUGAGGGAUCCUCAAGGAGCUCUGCCUAAAGGGACUCUGCUGGCCAUCUUCAUCACCGGGGUCACCUACCUGGGCAUCGCACUGGUCGUCUCGGUCACAGUCGUCCGAGAUGCGACGGGAAACAGAAACGACACCAUUCAAGCCGGUGCGAGCUGCAACUUCUCCUCUGCCUGUGAUUUCGGCUAUGAUUUCUCCAUCUGCCAGACCACCAAAUGUAACUACGGCCUCAUGAACAACUUCCAGGUAAUGACUCUGGUGUCUGGAUUCGGACCUCUCAUCACUGCAGGAACGUUUUCGGCUACGCUCUCCUCAGCUCUGGCGUCUCUAGUGAGCGCGCCCAAAGUCUUCCAGGCUCUGUGCAAAGACAACAUCUACAAGGCGCUCAAGUUCUUUGCCAAAGGUCACGGGAAAAACAACGAGCCGAUCCGAGGAUACGUCCUGACCUUCAUCAUCGCCGUAGCCUUCAUCCUCAUCGCUCAGCUCAACACCAUCGCCCCCAUCAUCUCCAACUUCUUUCUGGCCUCGUACGCCCUCAUCAACUACUCCUGCUUCCACGCCUCCUACGCCAAAUCCCCAGGCUGGAGGCCGGCGUAUAAAUACUACAACAUGUGGCUGUCUCUGUUUGGAGCCGUGCUCUGCUGUGCUGUGAUGUUUGUUAUUAACUGGUGGGCCGCGCUGCUCACAUACGGCAUCGAGUUCUUCCUCUACAUCUACGUCACCGUCAAGAAACCAGAUGUGAACUGGGGAUCUUCAACUCAAGCCGUGACGUUUAUAAACGCAGUGAACAACGCUCUGAUUCUAUCUGGAGUAGACGACCACAUCAAGAACUUCAGACCCAAAUGUCUUGUCCUGACGGGAUCUCCCAGAAGUCGGCCGGCGCUGCUGGACCUCUCACACUCCUUCACCAAGAACUAUGGGUUGUGUUUGACCUGCGAGGUGUUUGUGGGUUCCCGUGAUAAGAAUCUGCAGGACAUGAUUGAAGGCGAUGUGCAGAACCAGCUGUGGCUCAACAAGCAGAAACACAAAGCAUUUUACACACCCAUCGCCAGCGACACACUCAGAGACGGAGCACAGGCACUGAUGCAGGCGUCAGGACUGGGCAGAAUGAAGCCGAACACAGUGAUGCUGGGGUUUAAGCGUGAUUGGAGAACCAGUAAACCACAGGACGUCCAAAACUAUGUAGGAAUUCUCCACGAUACGUUUGACUUUGAGCUCGGGACAGUGAUAAUGAGAGUCAGUCAGGGGAUGGACAUCUCACACAUCCUCAAAGCUGAAGAGGAGAUGGAGCGCAUGAUCUUGGAGCAGCAGGCGCUGGAGAUGGAGGAGAAUGACUUUCAGCCUGGACCGAGAGGCUUCUUCAAUCGGGCCAAGAAAACCCCAAAAAAAGAGCCGACCAGCAAAGUGUCUCUGGGCGUUCCUCAGGCCUCAGAUCUGGCCAAGCUGAACCAGCGUCUGGUGGAGGCCAGUGGGCAGUUCAAGCAGCAGCAGGGCAAGGGCAACAUCGACGUCUGGUGGCUGUUUGAUGACGGAGGUCUCACACUGCUUCUGCCGCACAUUCUGACCACACGCAAGAAGUGGAGAGAAUGCAGACUGCGCAUCUUCAUCGCCGGACAGCCGGAGCGCAUACAGCAGGACAAAGAGGAAAUGCAGUUGCUGCUGAAGAAGUUCAGGAUCAAGUGUGAAGACAUCAAAGUCAUUUCAGACCUCAACAUCAGACCCAGCGCAGAGAACUGGAAGCUGUUUGAGGACAUGAUUGAGCCGUUUCGUCUGCACGAGGGCUCCAAGGACAGCAGUCAGACUGAAGCUCUGAGGAAAGAGCAGCCUUGGAAGAUCACAGAUGCUGAGCUCGAUGCCUUUGAGCAGAAGACGAUGCUGCAGGUGCGUCUGAAUGAGCUUCUUCAGGAGAGUUCGAGAGCUGCUAAACUCAUCGUGGUGAGUCUCCCCAUCGCCCGUAAAGGCUCUGUCUCUGAUCACCUCUACAUGGCCUGGCUGGAAGCGCUCACUAAGAAUCUCCCACCGACGCUGCUGAUCCGCGGAAACCACAAGAGUGUGCUGACCAUCUACUCAUGAACACACACACAGGCAGCGUUCAGAUCAACACACUACUCCUGCAGUGUUUAUACUCAAAAUAAAUAAAACUCAAAUAUAGAUUGAUUUUUUACGUAUUUCAUCAGACACGUCUGCAGAACAAAAAGCCUUAGAUGUAGUUAAAGGGCCAGUUCACCCAAAAAUGAUUAUUCUUUUAUUAUUUACACAUCCUGUGCUUGCUACAAGCAUGUUUGAGUUACGUUCUUUUUUUAAAGUAGAAAAAAGGAAGAUAUUCUGAAGAAUGUUAUAAACGGGUAACCAUUGACUACCAUAGUCAUUUUUCCUACUAUAGAAGUCAAUAAAUGGUUACCAGUUUCCAGCAUUCUUCAGAAUAUCUUGCUUUGUUUUUAACAGAAUAGAGAAACUCAAAAAGUUUUAGAACAUUCAGAAAUGUUUAUUUUUUUGGGUGAACUGCGCCUUUAAUUUACCAUGCAACAUGAUGUACAGUUGAAGACUAAAUUGUUCACCCUCCUGUGAAAGUUCAAUUCUUUUUUCGAUAUUUGUUGUGCUGUAGAAACUAAAUUCCUAAGGGGGCUAAUAAUAUUGACCACAGCAGUUUUACAAAAAAAAAA